AUGCCGGAAUCAAGCGACGUGGACAAAAUGCCGGAAUCAAGCGACAUGGACAAAAAGCCGGAAUCAAGCGACAUGGACAAACUUAUUGAAAUUAUUCUCAUUUUUUCAUUGCCGAUGCUUUUGCUCAUCCGAAACAUCAAGGUAAAACGAUGGAUUACUUCAGCCAUUAGCGGUUUGGUAUCACAAUCGAGCGUGCUCCUGUCAAGUGUGUCUCAACAUCAUCCUACUCUUCUUACUCGUACUACCUGCUACGAUCCAUGCUAUGUGGUAUUGCUACAUGAGAAAGUAACAACUGUUGAUAUUACCAUUUCUUACUGA